CAAUUGAAACGCAAGAGAAAUAGACGCAACAGUCCUUCUAUCCCACUCUCUAUCAUACUGAUUAUGGGAUAGACGUCCCAUAGGAGGAUAGAAACCACACACUGAAAGAAGGAGAAGAAGAGUGUAAAUUUAAUCAUAAUGCAGACAGAAAAUAUGAGAAACCCGUUCGAUGUGCUCGUCCAACAAAUUAAAGAUGGUCUAUCCUAUAUUAACAGACCACCGGUUCGUAAAAUAUACAUCGAGGAGGAUCCUGCGAACGAACAGGUGGUGCCGUGCCCCCGGUGCUUAGAUCGAGAUCAACAAAACAUGGUGCGCUAUCUGUUCCUUAACCUAAGUGAAGCCAUAUACAAAUGUGAAGCGUACGAUUGCAUGUAUCCCUUUCGGGACUUUAAGUACAAAAACGUUGACGAGUGUUCCGUAUACCGGUACGAAGAACUGCAGUCAGUAUCACAACAGCAUGAUUUCGACACGAACUACGUAGAGGACUUUUCCACCAGUUACGACACUUGCGAAAACUCCAUUGACCACCUCGCUUCGGUGGAUAACAGAGUGGAUUUCUUAAGCUGCGAUGCUGCCGGCGACAACAUCACGACACAACCAUGUACAGCACCUCAGUUAAACUUUGCCCAAAGCGCGCGUACCAUUGAUCCCGCGGACGAUUUCAAUGCUGGACUUAUUGAACUACUGGAAGAUCUUUUUCCUGGGGCAUCGAACCCCGUUCCAAAUGUGGCGAAACCGGUGGAAACUAAAGAAGUUUCUACAAAACCCAUUUCUACCGUCACAGUAAAUCAAAAUUUACCGUGCAAAUCCGUCACACAAUCUAGCAGUGGUAGUAGAAGUAGCAGUGGUAGUAACAGUAGUGGCCGUAAGCUGGAGAAAUGUCUCAAAAAAUUCGAGAAACCUGGUGAUGCUAGAGUUUGCAAGAAGCCAAAGAGUCCGGCGAAAGAUAGUCUCGUCGUUGAACACAUAUCGCCCACCCGAGUAAGGAUAAAACGGGUUCCGCAAGCAGCGUACAGUCAAACAAGAACAAAUGCGGGCAAACAGAGGGAGCGGAACCUAGUCAAACCUUUCCCGCUGGAUGUUAGCUCAAACGGGACGCUGAAGCAAGCGAAAUUGUUGGUGAAAAGUAAAAAAUUAAAACCACUGGAGUUGGUGAGCAAGCUGAACACAAUGACGGAAACAGCAGCCCCAACAGUACGGCACCAACAGCCGACCACUGUUCCCAGCAACGAUAAAGUACAAAAGAUGGUCAGUUUUAUACAGCGCAGUGCGAAAACUAGCGAUGAAACAAAAAGUAGCCCACCGGUGACGGUACCCAAGGCUGAGGGCAACGACGGUCUAAGUGGAGUUUCGCAAGUAACAAUUGAACCACCGCCGCACCUCAGUACAAUGAAGCAUGCCGAGGUCUACAGUCCCGACAACAGUCCCGGAAGACAGGUAAACAAACUCCGUCCCAUCGUAUCGAUGGGAAAUUCUUCCUCUGAUCCGCUGCCAACUAGUUCCACUUCGGGUGGAGGGAUGGAAAUGUUAUUUGAUUUUAUGGAAUCGUAACACCUGUAGACAAUAAAAUAAGCAAAAAUAAAUACACAGCCGUGAAUUGUUUGCUUGUGGUA